GAGCACCGCGCUCUCUUCUCCGACGCGGGGUGCUGCGGGUUGCAGGCUUGGUGCGCCGCGCCCGAGCCGGCGAUGGAAUAAUGCCCAGCGGCCCGCCCGGUCCCGGUAAUUUUCUGAUGUGACGGCUGAGACAUGAGAUCUUCAGCCUCCAGGCUCUCUAGUUUUUCGUCAAGAGAUUCACUAUGGAAUCGGAUGCCGGACCAGAUCUCCGUCUCCGAAUUCAUCGCCGAGACCACCGAGGACUACAACUCGCCCACCACGUCCAGCUUCACUACUCGGUUGCACAACUGCAGAAACACCGUCACGCAGCUGGAGGAGGCUCUAGACCAAGAUAGAACAGCCUUACAGAAAGUGAAAAAGUCUGUAAAAGCAAUAUAUAAUUCCGGUCAAGAUCAUGUGCAAAAUGAAGAAAACUAUGCACAAGUUCUUGAUAAGUUUGGGAGUAAUUUUUUAAGUCGAGACAACCCAGAUCUUGGCACUGCUUUUGUCAAGUUUUCAACUCUUACAAAGGAAUUGUCCACACUGCUGAAAAAUCUGCUCCAAGGUCUGAGUCACAAUGUGAUUUUCACCUUGGAUUCCUUGUUAAAAGGAGACCUAAAGGGAGUCAAAGGAGAUCUUAAGAAGCCAUUUGACAAAGCCUGGAAAGAUUAUGAGACAAAGUUUACAAAAAUUGAGAAGGAGAAGAGAGAGCAUGCAAAACAGCAUGGGAUGAUCAGGACCGAGAUAACUGGAGCUGAGAUUGCUGAGGAAAUGGAGAAAGAAAGGCGACUGUUUCAGCUCCAAAUGUGUGAAUAUCUCAUUAAAGUCAACGAAAUCAAGACCAAAAAGGGUGUGGAUCUGCUGCAGAAUCUUAUCAAGUAUUAUCAUGCACAGUGCAAUUUCUUUCAAGAUGGUUUGAAGACAGCUGAUAAGUUGAAACAGUACAUCGAAAAAUUGGCUGCUGACCUAUAUAAUAUAAAACAGACCCAAGAUGAAGAAAAGAAACAGCUCACAGCCCUCCGAGACUUAAUAAAAUCCUCUCUUCAACUUGAUCAGAAAGAAGAUUCCCAGAGCCGGCAAGGAGGAUACAGCAUGCAUCAGCUCCAAGGCAAUAAGGAGUAUGGCAGUGAGAAGAAGGGCUACCUGCUGAAGAAAAGUGAUGGGCUCCGAAAAGUGUGGCAAAGAAGGAAGUGUGCAGUAAAGAAUGGGAUUCUUACCAUCUCACAUGCCACAUCUAACAGGCAGCCAGCGAAAUUGAACCUUCUCACCUGCCAGGUGAAGCCGAAUGCAGAGGACAAGAAAUCUUUUGACCUGAUAUCACAUAAUAGGACGUAUCAUUUUCAGGCAGAAGAUGAGCAGGAUUAUGUAGCGUGGAUAUCAGUGUUGACAAAUAGCAAAGAAGAGGCGUUAACCAUGGCCUUUCGUGGAGAGCAGAGUACUGGAGAGAACAGCUUGGAAGAUCUGACAAAAGCCAUCAUUGAGGACAUCCAGCGGCUGCCUGGUAAUGAAGUCUGCUGCGAUUGUGGCUCAUCAGAACCCACCUGGCUUUCGACCAACUUGGGUAUUUUGACCUGCAUAGAAUGUUCCGGCAUCCAUAGGGAAAUGGGGGUUCAUAUUUCUCGGAUUCAGUCUUUGGAACUAGACAAAUUAGGAACUUCUGAACUCUUGCUGGCCAAGAACAUAGGAAACAAUAGUUUUAAUGACAUUAUGGAAGCAAAUUUACCUAGCCCCUCUCCAAAACCCACCCCUUCGAGUGAUAUGACUGUACGGAAAGAAUAUAUCACUGCAAAGUAUGUAGACCAUAGGUUUUCUAGAAAGAUAUGUUCAACUUCAUCAGCGAAACUGAAUGAAUUGCUCGAGGCCAUUAAAUCCAGGGAUUUACUUGCACUAAUUCAAGUCUAUGCAGAAGGAGUAGAGCUAAUGGAACCACUGCUGGACCCCGGACAGGAGCCAGGGGAGACAGCUCUUCACCUUGCAGUUCGAACUGCAGACCAGACAUCGCUACAUUUAGUUGACUUCCUUAUACAAAACUGUGGGAAUCUGGAUAAGCAGACCACCCUGGGAAAUACAGUUCUACACUACUGUAGUAUGUAUGGUAAAUCAGAAUGUUUAAAGCUUCUUCUCAGGAGCAAACCCACUGUGGAUAUUGUAAACCAGGCUGGAGAGACUGCUCUUGACAUAGCAAAGAGACUAAAAGCUACACAAUGUGAAGAUCUGCUUUCCCAGGCUAAAUCUGGAAAGUUUAAUCCACAUGUUCAUGUAGAAUAUGAGUGGAAUCUUCGACAAGAUGAGAUGGAUGAAAGUGAUGAUGAUCUGGAUGAUAAACCAAGCCCCAUCAAAAAAGAGCGCUCCCCCAGACCUCAGAGCUUCUGCCACGCCUCCAGCAUCUCCCCCCAGGACAAGCUGUCACUGCCGGGAUUCAGCACCCAGAGGGACAAGCAGCGGCUCUCCUAUGGCGCCUUCACCAACCAGAUCUUUCCCUCCACAAGCACAGACUCACCCACAUCACCAACGAGCGAGGCGCCACCUCUGCCUCCCAGAAACGCCGGGAAAGAAUGUAAAAAGCUCUUUUGGAGCCUUUCUGGAUCUUCAGGUCCAACUGGCCCACCUUCAACACUCCCUCUAAGCACCCAGACCUCUAGUGGCAGCUCCACCCUGUCCAAGAAGAGGCCUCCUCCCCCACCACCAGGACACAAGAGAACCCUGUCCGACCCUCCCAGCCCACUACCUCAUGGGCCCCAAAACAAAGGCGCAGUUCCUUGGGGUAACGACGUGGGUUCGUCAUCUUCAAGUAAGACUGCGAACAAGUUUGAGGGACUGUCUCAACAGUCAAGCACCAGUUCUGCAAAGACUGCCCUUGGCCCAAGAGUUCUUCCUAAACUACCUCAGAAAGUGGCACUAAGGAAAACAGAAACCAGUCAUCAUCUUUCACUCGACAAAGCCAGUAUCCCGCCGGAAAUCUUCCAGAAAUCAUCACAGUUGGCAGAGUUGCCGCAGAAGCCACCCCCAGGGGACCUGCCCCCAAAGCCCACAGAACUUGCUCCCAAACCGCAGAUGGGAGAGCUGCCUCCGAAGCCAGGAGAACUGCCCCCCAAGCCGCAGCUGGGCGACCUCCCGCCCAAGCCCCAGCUCUCUGAGUUACCACCCAAGCCGCAGAUGAAAGACCUGCCCCCCAAGCCACAGCUGGGCGACCUGCUGGCCAAGCCCCAGCCAGCCGACAUCUCCCCCAAGACUCAGCAGCCCGGGGACCUCCUGCAGAAGUCCCACCCCCUGGAUCUGUCCCCGAACAUGCCAUCCCGAGACACCGUCCCAAAGCAGGCUUCCGAGGACUCCAGUGACCUCACGCCCACGCUGCCCGAGACACCAGUGCCACUGCCCAGGAAAAUCAACACGGGGAAGAACAAAGUGAGGCGGGUGAAGACCAUCUACGACUGCCAGGCCGACAACGACGACGAGCUCACCUUCAUCGAGGGGGAAGUGAUCAUCGUCACGGGGGAGGAGGACCAGGAGUGGUGGAUCGGGCACAUUGAGGGGCAGCCUGAAAGGAAGGGGGUCUUCCCGGUGUCCUUCGUUCACAUCCUGUCUGACUAGCAGAAGAGCAGACCCUGAAGAUUGUCCACGCCCUUUGUGCAAGACUGCUGGCUCCAUGUCACCCUGCGCACACCAUGUACAUAGCUGCUGUUACAGAGCAGAAAGCUGCUGGAAGGGCCGCCUCAACGGGGGGAUCGCGUGUGCUGUAAAUAUCCUGUGGUCUUCUGCCUUCGCCAGUAUUAGGGUAGCCUUGGGACCUGGCACGCCUUACUGGUCUGCCAAAGCCAUCCUUGGCAUCUAGCACUUACAUCUCUAUCCAUGCUGUGUUUCAAGCAAACAAACAGAAACAGAAAUAUCCAAACUGCCAGCUUUGCAAAUAGAAGUGGCCUCCAGCGGCCGUUGGAAGGCACAGAAUCCACUCUCCGUUCCUAACAAUACAGUAUUCUUCCAUUGUGUUACUGAAAAACGCAACAUUAGCAAAGAGGUGGGUACUGUUUUCCAGGUGAAACUUUAGCUCCAUGACAGACCAACCUGUAGUUAACCUGUGCACCGUUUACAGCUCUACAAAACCUACUUUGGUAUUUAUUAAAGACAAGUGCUCAGUUAGAUGUAAGUGUUAUUCCUUCAGCAAAAUACUCAUUCACCCGAAACCUUUGGUGACAUUUUACUAUGCCCACAGCCUCAUGCAAGUUUAGACAAGUUAGGUUUCUACUGUCUUAAAAUGACGAGUGCCCAGCCCUGAGAUAUUAUUACCUCAUUAUGCAAAAAUACAUAUCCUUCAUGACUAUUUUGAGAAAAGUUUAAAAUACAUCUGAAGAAGGUCAACUUUCAGGAACCAAGGACUGCCAAAAAUAUUAGCCUCUACAUUAUGCAUGCAUUUAGAAGCUUACCCGAAAUCUGCCUUUUAUAAAGGAAAAGUAUGGACAAGUGGAACUGUACAUUUUUUUAAAAAACUUGAUUGCCAUUAAAGCAGAAAUUAUAAGGUUGCAACAAUAUGUGUUUCUAGUCAGUCAUUUGACUUUCUCAGCAUGUAUUUACAUAUCAUAAGAUGAAUUCUAUCCUUCCAUGUGUGGAAGCAGCCAACAUGUCCACUUUAAAUUACUUUCUGAGUUUUGUCCUUAGGCAAAUUUAAACUUUUAAAGACUCUUCAAGAAGAUGGCGAGUUUAAAAGUCAACUCUGCACACAAUUUCCCCACUGUAGAAGCCCAGGUGCUGACCUUC